ACGGAGUGGAGAAGAAAAGAAUCCCACUGUUGUGUAUCAGGAAAACAAUGCCCGGCUCUAAAACUCCUCAAAACCAAUGCCCGGAAGAUGCAGAGUUGCAGCAACAUGAAACUGCCGGCUGAAAACUUUUAAAGGAAAACUCAGAGAAACUUUGCAAAGCAACGAGCUGUCCCUCCCUCGUGAGAUGAACGGCGCUGCUGGAAAGAACCGAUGGGUAACACAAUGGCUGCAAUUACUGGGGCUUUGGCUGGGUGUCUCGGAUUGGGCUUUUGCAUUCAUUCGCUAUACAAUUCCCGAGGAAAUGCCGAAGAGUUCGUUGGUAGGAAACGUAAUGCUUGACCUGGGCUUAGAUCUCCAGCAGUUACAAGCUCGAAAUCUCCGGGUUGUGUCGGGAGGCAGCAGAAAAUACUUCGAAGCAGAUCUCAACACUGGAAAGUUGCUAGUAAAUGAGAGAAUCGACAGGGAGGAACUUUGUGCGACUCUCUCUCCUUGUGUCCUAAGCCUGCAGAUCAUAGCGGAGAACCCCCUGGAGCUCUAUGGCGUGGCUGUGGAAAUCCAAGACAUCAACGACAAUGACCCAGUUUUCCUGAGCAAACAAAUGAGACUGGAAAUCAGCGAGUCAGUGUCACCUGGAGCACGUUUUCCUUUGGAGAGCUCACAAGACCCCGAUGUAGGAAUUAACUCUUUGCAGACCUACCAGCUCAGCUCCAAUCAGCACUACGCAUUGAACGUACAGACUGGAGGGGAUAAUACAAAAUAUGCAGAGUUGGUGCUGGAGAAGACACUGGAUAGGGAACAGCAAAAAGAAAUCCUACUGAUUCUCACAGCUCUGGAUGGAGGAAAUCCACCCAGAUCUGCUACCUUGCAAGUACUCAUUGAUGUCCUAGAUGCAAAUGACAAUACCCCUAUCUUCAAUCAAUCUAUUUAUAAAGCCAGUGUGAGAGAGGACACACCCUUAAACACUUUGGUGGCCAGAACAAGAGCUUUUGAUCUGGAUGAGGGCCCUAAUGGAGAAAUAAUUUACUCCUUCAGCAGUCACACUCCUGCUAGAGUUCGGCAGCUUUUUGCUUUAGACUCUGAUACUGGAGAACUGAGGCUCAAUGGAUUGCUGGAUUUUGAAGAAACCAAAUUUUAUGAGAUUUAUGUCCAGGCAAAAGAUAAAGGCACCAAUCCCGCAGAGACACAUUGUAAAAUAUUGGUAGAAAUUAUUGAUGUCAAUGACAACAUCCCAGAAAUCACAGUGACAUCAGUUUACAGCCCGGUACCAGAAGAUGCAGCUCCAGGAACAGUAAUUGCUUUGCUAAGUGUCACAGAUCAGGACUCUGGUGAUAAUGGCCUUGUAAAUUGCUUUAUACCUUUUGGCACUCCUUUUGCCCUUAGCUCUUCACUUAAAAACUACUAUACAUUGCAAAUGAAAGAACCAUUGGACAGGGAAAUUAUUUCCGAGUACAAUAUCACAAUUACUGCUCAGGAUGCUGGCUCACCCUCUCUCGUGGAGAAAAAAAAUAUAUUUGUUAAAGUGUCUGAUAUAAAUGACAACCCCCCUACAUUCCCACAAUCUUUCUAUGAUGUGUAUGUGGAGGAAAAUAACCUUCCAGGGGCUAUUAUUUUUAAUAUUAGUGCCUCUGAUCCAGAUCUGGACCGGAAUUCCCGUCUUUCUUACUCUAUCUUGGAAAACGAGAAACAUGACAGAGAUCUGGUUAGCAGAUUUUUUUCUAUUAACCGGGAGAAUGGUACUAUUUAUAUCCUAGCACUUUUGGAUUAUGAAAACAUAAUGGAGUUCAGGCUAGUGGUACAAGUCCGUGAUGGAGGAUUUCCACCCCUUGCCACCAACGUUACAAUCAAUAUUUUUGUCACAGAUCAAAAUGACAAUGUACCCAGAGUCUUAUAUCCAACUUCAGGUAACAGUUCUUUGUUUUCAGAAGUAAUGUCAUUCACAGUCAGUCCUGGAUAUCUGGUUACCAAAAUGGUGGCCUGGGAUGCAGAUGCUGGUUAUAAUGCUUGGCUUUCCUAUGUACUUCAUGAAGCCACUGACCCAGGACUCUUUGCUGUGGGCUUGUAUUCUGGGGAGAUAACAACGACCCGCUCUCUACAAGAAGAAGAUUCUCGCAAGCAAACUUUGAUAAUUUUAAUAAAAGAUCACGGAGAACCAGCAUUGUCCUCUACUGCAACCCUUAUUGUAACAAUAGCAGAGACAUCUAGGGAGACACUGAAAGACUUUACAGUAGUGUCUACUACACCACAAUCAAAGAAACACUUGACUUUCUACUUGAUCCUUGCUAUUAUUCUGAUAUCUGUUGCCUUCUUUGUCACAGUGGUUGGAGUGGGCUCUUAUAAAUGUUACAAAUGGAGGCAAUCCAAGGAUAUCUUUAAGGCUUCCAGGAGCAAACUUUAUAGAACCCCAGAACCUUUCAACCAUGUGGACACUGUGCGGAGUGGAUUUUUUCCUCCAGAUUUCUACCAGCAUGUCCUUACCACUGACUCUUGCCAGAGUGAUCUUCUAUACAAAAUGCCUUUUGCUCCCAGUACUAUAGGGAGCCAUCAAAGUACUGUCACAAGAUGUGAUCCUGCAAUGUACAACCAGAUAAGUACUAGUAACAGGCUGCUAGUGCCCUCUGAGGUAAUGUAUGUUUGUCGUUUUCCAUCCAUGUCUGGAAAUCUCAUUACUACUAUGCCAAUAGUUCUUCUUUGUACCACAGAAAUACUCCUCAGGGUUAAUGAUGAAGAUUUUGGAGGAAAAAAAAUCCCUUUCACCAUAUCUAAGCAAGAUCAAAAGCUACUUAUUUUCAUUUGGAAAGGAAUACAGAGGGAUUUUAUCAACAGAGCUCAUCCAGGUCUUGGAAAAUCUCUUGAUAAAUGGGAAACUGCAAGAAGACUUUCUGAGAUGGAGUCACCAUUGUCCUGGCAACUCUCUUGCAAAUGGCAAGUACUGGGCUUAUUUUUAUUAUUCAACUGGGUGUUGAUUACAGGACAGAUCCGCUAUUCUGUUGUGGAGGAAUCGAAGCUGGGGACCAUGGUGGGAGAGGUGGCACAUGAUCUGGGCUUAACCCUGGCAGAUCUUUCAAGUCGUAGGCUUUGGCUGGGCUCUGAGGAAAGUAAGAGGUACUUUGCAAUUAACUUGGACAGUGGUGCUCUGAUGGUGAAUGAAAAGAUAGAUCGAGAGACUCUCUGUGGAGCAAGCUCACUGUGCAUCCUGCCUGUGCAAGUAGUAAUUGAAAAUCCUUUGGAGCUCUUUCACCUGGAGAUAGAGAUUCUGGACCUGAAUGACAAUUCACCCAACUUCGUCACUCCCUGGCUUGCAUUGAGGGUAGCCGAAUCUGCUGCUACCGGAUCACGGCUCCCACUCGAGGGUGCACAUGAUGCAGAUGUCGGGACCAAUGCAGUCAGUGCCUACCAGCUAAGUCCCAAUCCUCACUUCAUACUUGAUAUAAAGAAUGUGAAGGAUGGCAAGCUUCUACCUGAACUGGUGCUAGACCAGCCUUUGGAUAGAGAAAAGCAAUCAGAACAUCAGCUGAUUUUGACUGCCUAUGAUGGAGGGGACCCUGUCCUGUCAGGAACAAGUCAGCUCACCAUUGUGGUUCUUGACAAUAAUGAUAAUAAGCCUACAUUUGAUCUGCCUGUAUACAAGAUACAUUUUUUGGAAAAUAUUCCUGUAGGCUCUUUAAUUUUUAAACUCAAUGCAACUGAUCCUGAUGCAGGUUCUAAUGGGGAAAUACAGUAUUCUUUUGGAAUCCAAACAUCAGAUUCCAUCCAGACAUUGUUUGGCUUAGAUCCCCUUACAGGUGAGAUCUAUGUUCAAGGAGUUGUGGAUUUUGAAGAAUCCCAGUUUUAUGAACUUCACAUAAGAGCCAGAGACAAGGGUAUACCACAGAUGGAAGGCCAUUGUGUUAUCCAAAUAGAAGUUGAAGAUGAAAAUGACCAUUUCCCAGAUAUUCUGCUUACUUCCUUGGUAAAUCCACUGCCAGAAAAUAUACCUUUAGAAACAGUGGUUGGGCUUUUCAGUGUACGAGAUCAAGAUUCAGGUGUCAAUGGAAAAGUAAGCUUGCAAAUACCAAAGAGCUUACCCUUUAAAAUUAAGUCUUUUGAAAAUCAUUUUUCCUUAAUUACACAUGAAAAGCUGGAUAGAGAAACAGUUUCUCAAUAUACUAUAAAGCUCACUGCCCAAGACUCAGGAACUCCACCUCUAACUAGAGAUUUGAUUAUCUUGUUGAACAUUUCAGAUGUCAAUGAUAAUACCCCAUCCUUCUCUCAGCAUUUCUACAACUCCUUCUUGAACGAGAAUGAUCCACCUGGCUCUCUGUUGUGUACUGUAUCUGCCUCUGAUCCUGAUGAGGGUGACAAUUCCCGGCUCACUUACUCAGUGGCUGGAAAUCGAGUCCAAGAUGCCCUCAUUUCUUCCUUUAUUUAUAUCAACCCAGAUAAUGGGAAUAUAUAUGCCCAGCAUUCUUUUGAUUAUGAAAUGCUUCAAGUGUUGCAAAUCCUUGUUACUGUGCAGGAUGCUGGGACACCCAUACUAAGCUCCAGUGUCACUGUUUAUCUCUUCAUAUUGGAUCAGAAUGAUAAUGCUCCUGUUGUUUUGUAUCCAGUGACUGGCCAGCAAUUGUCAGCACUCCAGAGAAUCCCUCUGUCAGCACCAGUAGGUUAUGUCAUCACAAAAGUCACAGCAGUGGAUGCAGAUUCUGGUCAUAAUGCCUGGCUGUCCUACUCUUUACUCCCCCGUUCUACAAAUGCCUCCCUGUUUCGAAUAGCGCCAUACACUGGGGAAAUAUGGACUGUUCGAAGCUUCCAAGAAACAGAUCUUCUUGCACAGAAAAUCCUCGUCCUUGUAAAGGAUCAUGGAAAACCACCUUUAUCCACUACCGUAACAAUCUUAGUCUCACUAGAGGAAAAAGCAUCUGAGGAAAGUUCACAGUCUCACGAGUUCUUAAAUCAUCCUAAAGAAAAAUCUGAUCUGACUCUGUAUCUGAUUAUAGCUCUGGUGGUGGUUAGCAUUGUCUCUCUCAUUAGUUUAAUUGUCUUGUCUGCAAAAUGCUUUUGGAAUAGAAAAGGCAGAGAUUCUCCUUACACCUUGAACAAUGCUCCUGUCAGGGAUCUUUUCAAAUACUCCAGUCCUAAACUGCAACUCAACUCCGAUGGUACCCUGGAAUACAUGGAGGUGACACUAAGGCCUGCAGACUCCCAAAGCCAGCCCCACAAAUCCAGGCAUUCUCCGGAGUCAGACAGAAGUGAUUUCACGUUUAUGAGGCCUGUGUAUUCCCAGCCAAGUACCCUAACAAGGAAUGUUGAUCCUUUUUUGUCCCAUAUUAAUACACUGAAUCAUCCAAAGCAGGUGAGAUGA